AUGGCCUCCUUGAAGCGCGCUGCUUCGCCGCCAUCGGCGCCAGCCAAACGUCUCUGUAUUGCCAGCGAAGUCUUGACCAACCCGUCGCUGGUCGGCUCCAUCACGGACUUUAGCACCGACUGCCUCGCCUUUUGCCCGACGCUCUACGACGUUGACGAGCUCGUCCACGCAGGAAAAAGUUUUCUGGACCGUCUCUGCGGCAAGCAUGUCCCCAACGGCUACGUCGACCACGCAGCCAACCUCAGCAAGGACGAGCUCGUCGCGCGCGCCAAGGCCAGCGUCACGAAUCCCAAGGCUCUCUACCGGGCGCUCAAAGUGCUCCAGAAGCUCGCCGAGAUCGUUGCGCCCAUCGACGCGACGUACGGUGGGGCAGCCAGUGGUAUGCACGACUUCGAUUUCUGCUACAUGACCCCGAUGCUAUUUGCGCCGAGCUGCCGCGUAGAUCCGACGUCGACGACGUGGGGUCGCGACGAUUUGGUCAAGAUUUUCGACGACGACAGCCUUGCGCUGUCGGAGGGGCGUGGCGUGCCCGACGGCUUCGGGUGGCACUGGUACAACUUGUCGGAGGACGGUACCUGUGCCUUCUGCGCGACGGCCGGGACGGUUCAGGAGAGCGCCGAGCUGCAAUACGAAAGCGAUUCGAGCCCUGCCUCCGACACGUGGCGCGCUGUAGUCGAGGCCAACGGUCUGCACCCGUACAUCUUGCGGGGCUGGCGCAGCUACGCCUAUCACGCGCUCUUGUUCAACCGCGACACCCACCGCGACUUUUGCCGCAACGUCGUCCAGCCGCUUCGCGCUCACCUUCGCGCGCAUCUGCGUGACGUCAAGAUCGUCAGGUGCUUCAACGCCUCGCCUCGAGAGGCCGCGACGAUUCUUGGUGGCAUCUCAACCGACGGCUACCUCGUCGGCCUUUGGUUUGGCGCGUUUGAUUACAACGUGUACCGAUAUUGUGCGUAUAUGCAAGAAAUCUAAUGUAUUUUCGAGUCGAC